UGUGCAGCGGCUCGAGGGAAGGCGGGCGGGCGGGCCGCUGGCCGGGGGUUGUUCCUCUCGUCAUUCCCACCCCCGCUGGGGCUCCGCUGCUGCCGGUCAGCGCUGGGAGGCGACAGCGAGCCCCUGCCGCCGGAUCCGUUCGGGGAAAGCGAACGAGCCAACGAGAGUUUUACCUUUUCUCUCUUUUCCCGUCUUUACCCACCAUGCUGCGGACGCCGCUGCCCGCGCAGGAGAAGCAGCAGCUCAGUCCGGCGCUUUUCUCCUGAGGAGAUGAGGGAGGCGCGGCCGGGACGGAGCUAGCGCGACCCGCGCCUCUCCCGUGUCCUCUUCCCUCCCGCGUCCCCGACCACCAUGAGGGAAGAGAGAGAAGUCGUCGCCGCGGCCGCCUGCCCCCACGGACCCAGCAAGCCCUCGCAGCACUGCCAGCAGCCGGACGGCGGCGGGGCAGAGAGCCUGCGGAACGGCUAUGUGAAGAGCUUCGCGACCCCCCUGAGACAGGACUCCCCCAAGAGCUUCCUCUCUCUGCUGCUGUUCCCCACCGCUGCCGCCGCCUCCUCUCGAGCUCUGCUCAGCCUGGGCGCCCUGGCCGCCGUUGUCCUCUCGUUUCUGGCCUUUCACGGCCGGGGCAGCGCAGGGGGCCAGCAGGACGGGAGCAGCUGGCGGAGCCCUCGGCCGCUGCACGCCUUGCUGUGCCUGUCCCGCUGCUUCAGCCCCCUCUUCAGCAUCGCCUGUGCCUUCUUCUUCCUCACCUGCUACCUGGCUGGCGGCAGGCGCGGGGAGCACGGCGGCGGCACGACCCGUUGGCGGCUGCUGGCGCUUCCCGUGUGCUGCUACUUGGGGGACUUCCUAGCGCUACAGUGGCUGCUGCCAGCUGAGGGGCACGAAGAGGAGCCCCAGCCCCCCACGGAGCCGCAGAUGGUCCUAGGCAGGCUCCUGACAGUGCUGGGCUCAGUGACAGCGCUGAUCCUACUGCAGAGCUCCCUGAAGUUGCGCCGAAGCCUCCUCGUCUUGGUCUUCUCCAGCGUGGUGUGGCUGGUGUCCCUCACCAGCCUUCACUCGCUCCCCCCAACCGUCAGACCGCUGCUGGCCGGCUCGGUCGGGAUGGCGGGCUGCCUCCUGGCACUCUGUGGAGGGGAGCACGGCAUCUUCUCGGCUCAGAGCCGAGGAACGCACCACCAGCAUCAUCACCACCCACGGCUCCCCAGCGGGGAGGAAAAAGUGCAUGUGAUCAGACCCAGGAGGAGAUCUAGCUGCGUAUCCUUAGGGGAGACUUCGGCCAGCUACCAUGGCAGCUGCAAAAUGUUUAGGAGACCCUCGUUGCCUUGCAUUUCCAGAGAGCAGAUGAUACUUUGGGAUUGGGAUUUGAAGCAAUGGUACAAGCCCUAUUAUCAGAAUGUUGGCAGUGGAAAUGGAGUUGAUCUUUCAGUACUAAAUGAAGCUCGGAGCAUUCUAACAGACCUCCUGACUGACCCAUCCCUUUCACCACAAGUGAUAUCUUCACUUCAAAGCGUUAACAGUUUGAUUGGUGCUUUCUCAGGCAUGUGUAGGCCAAAGGCUAGUCCAUUCACACCAUUUCCUGGUUUCUUUCCUUGUCCUGAAGUAGAAGAUCCUGCUGAAAAAGGAGAUCGAAAGCUGUUCAAGGGAUUCAAUAGCAGAAAUAGCCUGCCAACACCACAGCUGAGACGAACUUCAGGAGUUUCUGGCAUUCCACCUAUAGAAUCAACAUCUAGAUGGGAACGGAGUAACAGCAAGAGACCUCAUCAGGAAUAUAACACAUCAAGCCAAGGAUCUCAUUCAAAUGGGUCUUUUGCUGCAAACUUGCUGACAAUACCAAAACAAAGAUCAUCUUCUGUGUCAUCGACUCAUCACAUAGGUCCCAGACGAGCAGGUGCUUCUCCUGGCCUGAGUCCUGUGGGUUCACCUAGUCAUGCGUCUGUCUCCAGUGGGGCUUUCAGCAGCUGGUCACCUGUUGAAUUUCCUGAUACUGCUGAUUUUCUUACAAAACCAAGUAUUAAUAUACAUAAGCCUCCAGGACACACAUUUAGUUCUCCAGAUUUUCUGCAGCAAGUUAAAACACCUCUAGAUUAUACGUGCAGCAGCUGUGGACGUCAGAUACUCAAGCCUGUUCCAACAUCAGAACCAGAAUAUAAAGACAGAAAAUCAGGUGAAAUUGGGAGUGCUUGUGUUACAAAAGAAUCUUCCCACCAUACAGAGAAGAAAAAAGAUGAAAGAAGGGAAAUGAUCAAUCAAACACAAAGUAACCUGCUUGUGGAGCAGAGUCCUACAUUAGAAGCAAUGCUAAUAGACCAUGAAUCACUAAUGGAUAAGAUGAACAAUUGGAAUUUCCAAAUUUUUGACCUUGUACAAGAAAUGGGAGAUCAGUCUGGAAGGAUCCUUAGCCAGGUAACUUACACAUUGUUUCAAGACACCGGUUUGUUUGAAAUUUUCAAAAUCCCAACUAAAGAAUUCAUGAAUUAUUUCCGUGCACUAGAAAAUGGCUACCGAGAUAUUCCCUAUCACAAUCGUAUACACGCCACAGAUGUUCUUCAUGCAGUAUGGUAUCUGACAACAAGGCCCAUUCCUGGAUUUCAGCAAAUUCAUAAUGAGCAUAUCAUGGAAAGUGAUAUGGAUGAAGCCAGUGGUAUUGCUCCAGUUCAAGUCAGCUAUAUUUCUUCAAAAAGUUGUUCUAUUGCUGAUAACAGCUAUGGUUGUCUGGCAUCAAAUAUUCCUGCUUUGGAAUUGAUGGCUUUGUAUGUAGCAGCUGCCAUGCAUGACUAUGAUCAUCCUGGUCGAACAAAUGCUUUUUUAGUGGCUACAAAUGCACCUCAGGCUGUCCUCUACAAUGACAGAUCAGUUUUAGAAAAUCACCAUGCUGCUUCUGCCUGGAAUCUUUUCUUAUCACGACCAGAAUACAACUUUUUAUCAAAUCUUGAUCAUGUAGAAUUCAAGCGUUUUCGUUUCUUAGUGAUUGAAGCAAUUCUUGCCACAGACCUCAAGAAACACUUUGAUUUCCUUGCAGAAUUUAAUGCCAAGGUCAAUGAUAUCAACAGUCAUGGUAUAGAAUGGAGCAAUGAAAAUGAUCGCCUGCUAGCCUGUCAGAUAUGCAUCAAACUGGCAGAUAUUAAUGGCCCAGCAAAAGGUAGAGAGCUGCAUCUAAAAUGGACAGAAGGCAUUGUUAAUGAAUUUUAUGAACAGGGUGAUGAAGAAGCAAGUCUUGGAUUACCUAUAAGCCCCUUCAUGGAUCGUUCUUCUCCACAGCUUGCAAAACUGCAAGAAUCUUUCAUCACUCACAUAGUUGGCCCCCUUUGUAAUUCCUAUAAUGCAGCUGGGUUGCUUCCAGGCCAAUGGGUUGAUGAAGAGGAGGAAGAUGCAGAAAGUACUGAAGAUGAUGAUGGAGCACAGUUAGAGAGUGAUGACGAUGAAAUGGAAGAUGAUGUUAUUUUAAAAGCUCAAAGAAAAAAAGGUAGACGAAUAUUUUGCCAGCUAAUACACCAUCUCAGUGAAAAUCACAAAAUAUGGAAGAAAGCAAUUGAAGAAGAGGAAAAAAGUAAAGCUGAAGGAGCUAAACUGCUGACUGAGAUCUCAUCUUUACCUCAAGCAGAUGAAAUUCAGGUUAUUGAGGAAGCUGAUGAAGAAGACGAGCGACAACUAGGAGAAGACAAGACAUGCUAAGAAAGCUUCAGUGGUGUGCAGUAUGAUAGCCUAUUUUUUUUUCCACUGUGCUGUCGUUAGCCUGACACAAUUCACAUAAAAUUGAAAGGCCUUAAUACUGUGAGAGGAUUAGUGGAAUCCCACUCCUAUGCACUUUUGCUACACAAAAUAUGAAACUUUAUUCAAAGAUUGAGUAUCGUAUACCCUGAUGCAAAGUUCUUUAUGCCUUAGUUGGUAUAAAAUAUCCUGAUAUAAUGCUGCAUUGCUGACUAUGGAACUCUUAUUUUCCUUGAGGUACCUGCAAUUUUUAAAAACUUUCAGUAACUUCAAUUACCAAAGUGGCAAGAACUUUUUGCUAACAAGCAUAUGUGAGAUGAAUCCUAAUAUUGUCUCAAGUUUGUUGUUUUCAUGUUGUUUUUGAACAUGAAUGAGAAAAAGUCUGUGCCUAUGAAAACUAUGUUACUGUUGCAGUGCAAGCCUGUUGUGGGGUGUCUACUUAGUGCGGUAGUGUGCUUAAUGUAGUCAUCUCAGAGCAACUGUUCGAGGACUGUGACAUAAAUGCUGAAUUCUGAUAUUUGUGGUUUAAAAGAAAAUCCAGGUGCAUCUAUUUCUGAUGCUUUUUAUUAUUGUGCAUAAUCUGAUGUUUUAUUUUUGCAGAAAAUAUUCAGGUUUGCCGUGAGUGUUCAUGAUGAUUCAUUGAAUACAAGGCCAUUAUCAUUUUUUGCCUUGCUGUUUUGUGGUAGAACAUUAAAAACCUGUUCAGCUACUGAAA